AUGCUGGAUUUGAACGGUUCUGGCAAGAUCGAAAGGGAAGAAUUGCAGGAGUUGCUGGUCUUCCUGGGGCUGGAUCCGAGGGAUGGCCAGCUGGACACGCUCUGGACCGUCUUAGACACAGACGAAGAUGGGCUCAUCAGCUUCCAGGAAUUCUUGGACUUUGUCUUCAGCACUGGUGACGUUUCCUUCUUUACCCCUUCGGAGCUCGAGAGGGUGCGCGAGUUCUCGCAACAGCGCAAAGUCAGCCGUGCGGAACAGACCCCGACGCCAGAGACUUCGGCCGACAGCGAGGAGAUUGCUCGACUCCAGAAGCACGUGGAAGAGUUGGAAGCAGAGGCUCGAACUCGCGAGAAGGUCGUGGCGCAGCUGCAGACCAAGCUGCAAGCAGCUCGUGAAGAACAGCUCAUGCGAAAGAGUCGACAAAACAGCAAGGAUACCAGCGCUGCGAGCGAAACUGCCGGCCCAACUCCCGCUGCGUCGAGCGAUGAGAUUGUGCAGCUGAAGAAACAGCUUCAUGAUAAGCAGUAUGCUCUGCAAAGACUCGAGAACCAGCAGGAGAAGAUCGUUGAAGGCUACGUUGGCUUCCUUCACUCGUUGAUGGAGUCAUCUGCGUCGGAGCAGCUUCAGAAUUGCUGCGAUCUCAAGACGGUGGAAAUGCUUGGAAGAGGGGCCUACGGCUUCGUGCUCACAUGCCUUGACAAGGAUCACAGCCAGAAAGUUGUUGUGAAGCUGCAAAGCCCAAGAUGGGCGGCAGUUGCCGCACAGGAAUGGUCUCACGGUUCCAAGUGUGCCCACGACAACAUUGUGGCUCACCUGCAGGUUCUUCUGCACUACGAUGGCAAAAGUGAGCUCGAAAGGAAGAUCGAAAAAGCCUUCGACGAUGGUGUUUUCACAGGGAAGCGACCCAAGAUUCUUCCAGACAGAUACAUCUGCAUGGUUCUGGAGUAUAUGGAUCGUGGAACGGCGCAGCACUUGUCGAAGGAGGGCCUGCUUGACCUGGAAGGCCUUGCAGCCAUCACUCGACAAAUCUCUUCCGCGCUGGCCUUCAUCCACAAGAGCAAACAGACCCACAACGACAUCAAGCCGGAGAACAUCCUCCUGCGGAAAGCAGCAGCUGGCGAUCAUCUUGUCGUGAAAUUAGCAGAUUUUGGACUGGCCCAGUGGUCCGUUGAGAGGCAGCGCGAUGCAGAGCUCAUGGCUUACAGCCUGUGGUGUUUGGGGCUUGACGAGCCGUUCGAUCACAUGCCGUCGAAAGAAGAACGGCCAGCUGCAGCAGAUCGCUUCGAGAGCAAGGCGCUUCUCAAGGAUUCGCGGCAAGGCCUACGCAGUGCUCUGGCGAAGGUUGUCCGAGACCUCUGGGCUGGUUCUACGGAGAUGGCCGUUGUGGCGGCUUCGGAGGAAUUCUGCGACAUGCAGCUUACGAUCCAUCAUGCCAAGCACGAGGCGGUGGAGGCUAAUGCUAGACAAGAGAUUCCUCCCAGACUCGAACGACAAGCCAAGCUGUGGAAAGCCGUGCACAUGGCCAGCAUCGUCAGGAAGUGGAGCCAUGCGGACGACUCUGAUGACGCUCACUGA